AUGCGAUUGUGCAUGAAUGCCAGAGUGCCACUGGAGGAUGCAAACCCAACAUGGUUGUAUCCAGGCAUGCCUAUGACCCUCGAAAGGAUGAUGAAUGUCACAGAGGCACAUCAAAGUCAAAAGCCACAAAGAAGGAGAAGGAGACAAGAACCAAGGGAAGAAGAACAACAACAAGAAGAACCACAAGAAAAACCACAAGAAGAACAAGAAGAAGAGCAACAAUUCCAACCACAAAACAACAUGGACAUGGUUCGGAUGCAAGAAGCAAUUGAAAGGUUAUCAGAACAGUACAUGGGGAUACAAGAGAAGCAGGGGGAAUUCCAUUCACAGUACAUGAGUGCUCAACAAAGACAAGAGGAGCUUCAGUUGAGAAUGAUGAGUCAACAGAGAGAUUAUGAGUCAAGAUCCUUAGUUAUGCAAAAGGAACAAGCUUCACAAUUUCAAGAAUCAUUCAACCAGCUGGCCCAACUGCAAGUUGAGAACAUGAGAGCAUUCAAGGAAUUCACGACCCUUCAGGAUGCAAGAUAUGGAGUACAAGCUGAUUACAACAUAAAUGGCCAAAUCAAGCUCAACUACAUUGGAAAACAUCUGCAUAGCAUGGACCCAGCAUUUCCAAUUUACGAUGAAUACUUCAAGAAAAGGAACGACAGAGAAAUAGACAAAGCAAUACGCCUUGAAAAACAUAAUAAAAGAGACAAUGAAGAAAGUUGGAUUCUGGCAAAAGCUAAAGGGCAAGAGCAAGGGAGAAACUAG